AUGCUCAUUACAACACAAGACUUGUGGCACGUUAGAGAUUCUUUGGAAAAUGUUGUUCAAGCUUCAGCUGCAGCUUUGGACCUAAUCAAGAACGAGCAAGUCAGUGCCAUCAUUGGACCAAUAUCCUCUAUGCAGGCAGAGUUUGUGAUCAGACUGGCCGACGAAUCUCAAGUACCGGCCAUCACAUUCUCUGCAACAAGCCCUCUUCUGACAUCCAUCAACAGCCCAUACUUCAUCCGAGCCACUGUCGACGACUCAUCCCAGGUCAAAGCUGUUGCAGCCAUUGUCAAAUCCUUCGGCUGGAGAAACGUCAUCACCGUUAACGAGGACAACGCAUUUGGAGAAGGAAUAGUGCCUUACUUGGCUGAUGCUUUACAAGACGUGCAAGCUUUUGUAGUCUACAGAAGUUUGAUCCCUCAGAAGGCUAAUGAUGAUCAGAUUCUCAAGGAGCUUUAUAAGCUAAUGACCAUGCAGACAAGAAAAGCUAGAGAGAUUGGGAUGAUGGAGGAAGGAUAUGUAUGGCUAUUGACAGAUGGAAUAAUGAACUUGAUGACUAGAUCUAAAGGAGGUAGCAGUUUGGAGAAUAUGCAAGGGGCGUUGGGUGUGAAGAGUCAUAUACCCAAAUCUAAAGAGCUCAAAGAUUUCACUUUGAGAUGGACAAAAAAGUUCAAGAAAGAGAAUAUUCCAUUGGUGGGGGAUGAUGAUACAGAACUGAACGUUUUCGCAGUAUGGGCGUAUGAUUCGAUCACUGCACUGGCUAUGGCCGUGGAAAGAGCCAGAACAAAGAAAUUUUGGUAUGAUAAGGCUAGCUCCUCCCCGAAUAACAGGACAGAUCUUGGAGCCCUAGGCGUCUCUCGCUACGGACCAAGUCUUCAAAAGGCACUCUCGGAUGUUAAAUUCAAGGGUUUAGCAGGAGAGUUUAAACUCGUUAACAUGCAACGUGAGUCAUCAGCGUUUGAGAUCAUCAAUAUUAUUGGAGAUGAAGAGAAAAAGAUAGGAUGCUGGACACCAAGCAGUGGACUAGUGUACGCAAAACCAAACAAAACGAUAUUGUCUCCAAUGGAGAGGUUUGGGCCAGUGAGAUGGCCCGGAAUGUCAAAUGUUGUUCCGAAAGGAUGGGCGAUUACAUCGACCGGAAAGAAGCUUAAAGUAGGGGUGCCAUUGAAGAAAGGCUUCUUCAACUUUGUUAAGGUAAAUAUAGAUCCGGUUAGUAACGCAAUGACCCCGACCGGUUACUGCAUAGAUGUCUUUGAAGCGACACUUAGGAAGUUGCCUUACUCAGUCACUCCUCAAUACUUUGCUUUUGAAUCUCCGGAUGAGAAUUACGACAAUAUGGUGUAUCAAAUAAAUUUCUAA